AUGAGUUCUUCAAGGUUUGAUAAUCUGCUACGUAGAGUAAAACCUUUUAUAGUACGGAAAACCACUCAGUUAAGAGAACCUGUCUCAGCAGAAGAAAGAUUGUCUGUGACUUUGAGAUAUUUAGUUACUGGUGAUUCCAUGCAAACAAUAUCGUUUAGUUAUCGACUAGGUCACUCUACUGUUUCCUACAUAAUUGAAGAAACUUGUCAGGCUUUAUGGAGGGCACUAUCUGUUGAAUUUUUACAACCACCAAAAAGCAGUGACGAAUGGAAAAAAAUUAGUGAAGGGUUUGCUGAUAUUUGGAAUUUUCCCCACUGCAUCGGUGCUAUGGACGGCAAACAUAUCUUAAUGCAAGCACCACCAAAUGUUGCGUCACAAUAUUUCAACUAUAAGGGGACACACAGCAUUGUAUUGAUGGCGGUUUGUUACUACAACUACUGUUUUCUUUUAUUAGAUAUUGGUGAUUAUGGAAAAAAAAUUGACGGUGGGAUAUUCAAUGUCAUUUCUGGACAAAGUGCUAAGUUGCCAUACUUCUUCAUUGGCGACUCUGCUUUUCCUUUGAUGAACUCAAUGCUCAAGCCAUAUCCAGGCACUUAUCUACCAGAAAAUAAGCAUAUUUCCAACUACCGCCUUUUAAGAGCCAGACGAGUUAUUGAAAAUGCUUUUGGGAUACUAGCAUCAAAGUUCUGCAUAUUUAGGAGACCUGUUGUUGCUAAAGCACAUAAAGUUACUUUAAUAACACAGGCAGCAUGUGCACUUCAAAAUUUUCUUACAAUUUCUGAAAUGCAUUGCCCAACUUCAGGGAGAUUUUACUGUCCUGUUGGCUACAUUGAUAGAGAAGACCCACAAGGUAAUGUCAUCCCUGGUGAUUGGAUGGGUCAUUGUAAUACUCUUCAAUCAGUCCGUCACGUUGGAAGUAACUUGUACUCAAAGUCUGCUGCUGAAGUGCGAGAUUCAUUUAUGAACUACUUUAACUUGAGACCUGGUUCUGUACCGUAG